AUGCCUUCGCCAGUCGCAAAAGGGAUAAUCAUAACAGUUUCAGCGCUCGUCGCUGCUGGUAUAGCGGUCUAUGAAUCGCCCCAGUUCCGAGAAUGGCUGAACAAUUCUCGUCGUAAAAUUGCGCUGGCUUUACACAAUCUCGGAGAUGAAAUUCAACCUCGAGCCUCGAUGUCUUCCCUCAGGGAAGAUAUUUCUAUGAUGGAAGAGGCGGGCCCGGCGGCAGAAGAACGGAGGAGGAUUGCUCGCGAAGAAAUCCAGAAGAGAGCUGCUGCUCUCGAAGAACGUCGGAGGCGACAACAGGGUGGUUUGUUUGGAUCCUUUGAUGCCCUUGUGGAUGAAAAUGGCAACCUGUUGAGGUCGGGCAGUCAGGAUGCGACUGCCAGUACGCUUGCGAACUCGACGGCUGUGGACUUGCCAUCAUCGCAGCUUGUCCACCGAGGAGUCAAGGAGCCAGAUGUGUCGGCUUCCGUGGGCGAGAUCACACCGGCUGCCACCGUGACCGACAAUGAUAAACUACAUUUAGAGAUUCCAUCUACUGGCAACCGUUCCGCGUCUCUUGUCGAGCUUACUCCUACUUCUGAUGAUACAGAUAUAGACUUUUUCGGCUCUACUAGCGACAAAGCAGAAGAAGCCGAGCGGUCUAUGCUUUCUUCCACAACAGAUAAAGAAAGAAGUCCUUCGCCGAGUCAUACUGAGGAAGAAUCUCAAACCAUCUAUCCAGAAUCAUCACUUAUAGACACGAAUCGCGAGCUCCCAUCGCCGUUCUCUGACCUAUCCGAACUGAAUAGCACGGGCUUUGAGCAGCGAGAACGUUCAUCGACGCCGUCUACGGCUGAUAGUUUCAGCCACGUUUAUGAGUCCGCUGACGACGCAACGUCAGAUGGCACUCUGAGUGACCUCGGAAGACCCAUGGAUGGUGUUGCCACUCCAGCCAGUUGGUCGGAGGUUGGUAGUGUUGUUAGCAACGAAGAGUUGGGUCACCAUGGAUUUUGA